UGUGCGUGUGGCGGGGACAGCGGUCCGUGCCGGCGGCUGACAGCAGGUCCCGACCCCGCGGAGGGCCCCACCCGGCGCCGCCAUGGGCAAGAAAAGCAAAUUGGGCAAGAGCCGGCGGGACAAGUUCUACCACCUGGCCAAGGAGACGGGCUUUCGCUCCCGCUCCUCCUUCAAGCUUUUGCAGCUCAAUAGGAAGUUCCAGUUCCUGCAGAAGGCCCGGGCACUGCUGGACCUCUGUGCAGCCCCUGGCGGGUGGCUGCAGGUGGCUUCCAAGUUCAUGCCGGUUUCCAGCUUGAUCAUUGGAGUGGAUUUGGUCCCUAUCAAGCCUAUUCCCAACGUGGUGACGCUGCAGGAGGACAUCACCAGUGAGAAGUGCCGCCAGGCCCUGCGCAAGGAGCUGCAGACAUGGAAGGUGGAUGUGGUGCUGAACGACGGAGCACCCAACGUGGGAGCCAGCUGGGUGCAUGAUGCUUACUCCCAAGCCAACCUGACACUUAUGGCCCUGAAACUGGCCUGUGAAUUCCUCUGCAAGGGUGGCUGGUUCAUCACCAAGGUUUUUCGUUCCCGGGACUACCAGCCGCUCCUCUGGAUCUUCCAGCAGUUCUUCCAGAAGGUCCAGGCCACCAAACCCCAAGCCUCCCGCAACGAGUCUGCUGAGAUCUUCGUGGUGUGCCAGGGUUAUCAGGCUCCAGACAAAAUUGACAGCAAGUUCUUUGACCCAAAAUAUGCUUUCAAGGAGGUGGAGGUUCAGACUAAGUCUGUUAGUGAGCUGAUCAGCAAAAAGAAGCCAAAGGCAGAAGGCUACGCAGAUGGUGACACAACCCUCUACCACCGCUUCACCCUGAUGGACUUCAUCAAAGCUCCCAACCCUGUGGACUUCCUCUCCAAGGCCAAUGAGAUCACACUGGGGGAUGGUGAACUGGAGAAUCACAGUUCCACCACGGAGGAGCUGCGUCAGUGCUGCAAGGACAUCCGCGUGCUGGGACGCAAAGAGCUCAGAGCCUUGCUGAACUGGAGGACCAAGUUGCGGCGUUUUUUGGCCAAAAAGCUGAAAGAGCAGGCAAAGGAGCUGGAUAUCAACCUGAGCUCUGGAGAAGAGGAGGAAGGCAAAGAGGAGGAAAAGAAGGAGAAGAAAACCUUGCCAAGAGCUGCAGCUGAUGAAGUGGGGAAAGAAGAGGAGGAGGUAGAGCUGGCAUUGGCGGAGAUGAAGGCCAAGGAGCUGGCAGAGUUAAAGAGAAAGAAGAAGAAGAUCCUGAAGGAACAGCGGAAACAGCGUGAGCGUGUAGAGCUGAAGAUGGACCUCCCUGGUGUCUCCAUUGCCGAUGAUGGUGACACCAGCAUGUUCUCCCUCCGGACUAUCCACCAGACUCCGCUGCUGAAUGAGGUGACCCGAGGGGACAUGGCAUCGGCAGACGCCCUUCUGGAGAUAGGACCCGGGGAUGAUGACAUUUAUGUCUCAGAUCAAGAAGAAGAGGACGAUGUGUCCCUGGCCAGCGAUCUGGACCCAGAGGAGCUGCUUGAGAUAGAGGCCCGUCAGCGCCGGCUGGAGCGGGAAAAGCGAGAGCAGGGUGCAAAGAGUGUGAAGUUUAAGCAGAAGGAAGAGGAAGAGGAAGCGGAGGAAGAGGAGAAUCCCCUGCUGGUUCCCCUGGAGGAGAAGUCGGUGCUGGAGGAACGGCAGACCAGCCUGUGGUUUGGGAAGGACGCCUUUGCUGGCAUCGAGGAUGAUGCAGAUGAGGACCUGGAGCUGCGGCAGUCACAGAUGUUGGCUGAGAGACAGCGUGAGUCUCAGAGAGACAAAGCAACAAGGAAAGGGCAGAAGGUGGUACCCCAGGAGGAAGCUCCAGCUGAGCCCCCGCCUGCCACAGACACAGGCCCCGACGCUGGCAAAGCGCAGGAUGAGCAGAGCAGCGAUGAUGACAGCAGCAGCGACGAGGAGAGGCCACUGACACCGGUGGGGAGGAAGCGGAGCCGUGUCGAGCCGGGUGGCUUCGAGGUGGUGCCCAUUGAGAACCCAGUGAAAAGAGCCCGUGUCCUGGAUGCAGAGGGCCUGGCGCUCGGCUCCGUCAUCGCCACAUCCAAAAAAGCCACACGGGAUUUGAUUGAUGAUUCCUUCAACAGAUAUUCCUACAACGAGGACGAGGGAGAGCUGCCAGAGUGGUUCACAGAGGAGGAGAAGCAGCACCGGCGCAAGCAGAUACCCGUGGACCGGCAGACGGUUGAGGCGUAUCGGCAGCGCUGGCGGGAAAUCAAUGCCCGCCCCAUCAAGAAGGUGGCAGAGGCCAAGGCCCGCAAGAAGCGGCGGAUGCUGAAGAAGAUGGAGCAGAUGAAGAAGAAAGCAGAGGCUGUGGUGAGCACGGUGGACAUCUCGGAGCGGGAGAAAGUGGCCCAGCUGCGGCGCAUCUACAAGAAGGCUGGGCUGGCCAAGGAGAAGCGGCAGGUCACCUACUUGGUGGCUAAGAAAGGCGUAGGACCCCGGGUGCGCCGUCCUCCUGGCGUCAAGGGCCAGUUCAAGGUUGUUGACAGCCGCCUGAAGAAGGACGUGAGGGCUCAGAAGCGCAAAGAACAAAAGAAAAAACGCCAUAAAUGAUGUGAGACUAGCUCCAUCCUCAUCGAGGGACUCAGCUGGGGGAACAGGCACUGCUGGCUCCUGUCCUCCUGCCAUGGCCUUGGAAGCCAGCAUGGGGACAGGGCUGUGACUUAGACACACAGUGCUGUUCUGUGCCUUGAUGUGACAUUGUCUCCUGUCCUCCUGGGGCAGGGAGGGUUUAUUUGGCCUUGGCACUGUAGUAUCAACCCCCUUCCUGCACUCGCUGUGUGGCUGCAUCUCCCAGUCUCUCACUGUUGCUGGCUUUUCUGGGAAACUUGCUCUCCAGGGAUGACACGAGCACCCUCACCAGCCCUCGCUGUCCCCAGAGAAGUUGUGGCUUAUGGAAUGGCUCCCUGGGCCGUACUUGUCACCGAGGUCUCAGGACAGUGGCUGCUGAGCACUGAGGCAGGCAGGUGUUGGUGACCUACACGGAGCGGCUCCUCGGUUACAGCAGAAUUAAACCGUGGUCUGAGGCAGCG